CCAGAGAUUCAAGAAGCUCGUGCUUGCGUUGCUCAAAAGUGGAGAGAGUAUAAAGAAGAAUAUUACUCUGUAAAGAAACCCCGUUUCGUCUGCCCUUUGUUUUUCAUUCCUUUCUCUCUCCCUUCUCUUUUGUCCUUUCUUCCACUUUUCCCUCAUUUUCUUCCUUCCAAUUUUGAUUUCGACGGAGCUUUGCCUUCUUCAUUAAUCAAACCUCCUCACUCCCUCAUGUAGCUUUCUUCUUUGGACCCAUUUUCUGCUCGCUUCGAGUUUCUGUCAUUUUCCUCCCUCCUCCUGAACCGCUGUGCUCUUUUAAAUGUUCUUCACAAUCCUCACGGGUUCUUUUCUAUGCUCUUAAAUUGCCUUUUUCUUGAAUCCUAUCUCUUCCUCAGACUUGUUAUUGUUGUGUUUGUCUGCUUCUGCAUCUUCUAGCUCCUCUGAGCAGGCGCCGGUAUGAGUCAGCUUGGGGUGAUAUUGCAGGAAUCGCUUCGGAGAGAGCGGGAGGAAAGAACGAUUCUGGGUUUAUUAACGGAGCACAUGGAUUCGGUGAACAGGGAUGAUAAUAAUGAUGGAGAGCCCCGAAGGAGACGGAGCUUGAAAGAACGGCUAAGAUUUACCGGAAUGGGGUGCUGUGGGGCCACCUGGGGUUUCCGUCCGACCACCGUAAGGGACGAAGGAGGAGGAGAAGACGAAGACGAACGGCGGCAGCAGCAGCAAAGGCUCCAAGAGCAGAAUCCGGGUCAAAGAUCGAGCUCUGCAGACCCGGAUUGUUUGAGCCCGAACCCGUCAGGUUCGGGUAUGAAUCUUGCGGCGGCGUUGGCAGCGGAACGUCAAUUUAGGGGGUCGCAAGAAGCGGCGGAGACAGGAAGGCAAGGAGUCAUGGGGAACAAUUUCCGGCGUGGAAGUGCGGGAGCGGCGCCUGGGACGCCGUGGAGGGUGUCGCUGAUGAGGCUGCUAGAGGAGAGUGAGGGAGGUGAGGCGGAGGUGACGGGGAAGGUGACUGAAAACGGAGAAGGGGGAAAUGAUACGGUGUGCUGCGUGUGCAUGGGAAGGAAGAAAGGAGCGGCAUUUAUCCCAUGUGGGCAUACCUUUUGCAGAGUGUGCUCCAGAGAGCUGUGGCUCAAUCGAGGGACCUGUCCCCUCUGUAACCGUUCGAUCCUCGAGAUUCUCGACAUCUUCUGAAAUUCCUCGCCGUCUAUUUUCUUUCUUUUUCUUUUUGGGAUUCCGCGAGAACUCCGUUUUCCAUGGGUGGAUGGAAAAUUUUGUUCUCCUGAUUUUUCAAUUCAAUGAACUCGAUAUCUCGCCUGUAACACUACCCUAUACCUAUAGUAUGAAUUUUGUUGUCA